GCUCUCAGGACGUAAGCCAGUUGUGUCAAGCAAGACAGUCUCAAUCAGAAAUAUCCUGGACCGUAUCAUCAUCAUGACCUCUUGCUCGUCUGAAGGAAAUCUGCGUGAGCAAAAACUUUCGGAGGUCCGCGCAGACUUCUGGGAUCGGCGCUGGGCCCCCAGCCCUGGCGAGUGGAGCGCGCCAGGGGCGGAGCCAGAGGCGCCACCGGAGAGUCCAAUCUCCGUCCCAAGACAAGGAGAGUCUAUAGUUUGGCAGUGUUUCCGUCUUCGGUUCCAGCAAGGUCGCCCCGCCCCUUCUGAAUGUCGCCAGGCCGUCGUUGAGAGCACUCAGGCCACCGAGUGCCGCGGCCGCGGCGGCCUCUUGGUGCCCUCGCGCGGGCCCCAUCAGUCCUGGCGGCCUUCUUGGAAGGAGCCAAGCUCGAGGAGGAGGAGGAGGAGGAGGAGGAGGAGGAGGAGGAGGAGGAUGCCCAACCUAGUCAUGGGUCCGCUGUGGACGCCUCCAUCUGGCAAGGCUCGCCCACCCCUGCAUCGUUGAUCGCACGAAUGUCGACCAGGUAGGCAGUGCCGGGGCGCAGCCCUUGGACGCAGAACGAGGUGGUCGCUGUGCACUCCGAUACCGUCACGAAGUCGUCGCAUCCGGGUGGCAAGAUGGCUACAGAAUACCCGCGAACGGGACAGCAGCCGGGAUCCUCCAGGGGCGGACUCCAGUGGAGCGUCAGCGAGGUGCUGCCCACGCUUGAGAGGUGCGCGAGCUGCACCGGCCCUGGCGCCCCAGAAGUGGAGCACCUCAGCCUCACCUCGGCGACCUCUGCCCCGGAUUCGAGGGCGCACACGUCCCAGGCCGCCAGGCGGCCGUGCAGGCUGGGGUCGCGGAGUGGCACCGCCCGGGCGCCCAGCAACGCGGUCUCCUCGUGGAAGAGGGCCGACCUGGCAGCACCACAGGCACACGACGCAGUAGGUGUCGAGGCUGCUCACCCUCAUGGAGAGCCUCUGGCCGAAGCGCACCAGCGCAGGCCCCUGGCCGCCCGAUGCCUCCGCGGCGCGGGCGCCCGUCACCAGGUGCGAGCCGCCCUCGGUCUCGCGCGGGGCCUGGCUCGGCACCUCGGUGUCCGGCAGCGCCGAGGAGCCCGGGUGGAUCGAUGUUGUAAGGGAUGCUGAGUACCAUGCCGCGGCCGCGGCCGGCACGCCGGAGCGCACCGUGAGUUGGUCCACGUCCACCACCAGGACCUGCGGCGGCUCCGCGCCCUCGGGGCCUGGGCCGCCGGGGUGCGCCGCCGCGGCCUCCCGGCGGCCCGCAGGAGCCCUACCUUCCAUGCUCAGCACCGCCACGAGCCGCCAGUACCCUCGCUGGCCCCGGCGGGCCGGCCAGUGUGCGGCGGUACUCCAGCCACUCGGCCGCCGACCGCGUGCACCAGCCCGCGCCCGCGGCCCGCGCGGGGCGGAGGCGCUCCACGGGCGGGUGCCCGCGGCCGUGCCCGCGGCCGCCGGGGAGCCAGGCGCCCGGACGUGGCGCCGGCCCCGCGGCCGCGGCGGGAGCCACGCCCAGGUGGGCUUUCCACGCCGGCGCUGGCGGCUCGGGACAUGGACGGAGCCCUCCCUGCGCCAUCGGUGCUCCGCCUGCGGCGGCGCGGGGCCGCCCCCGUGCAGCGUCGCCUCCGGCGGACCUGCGCGGGCCGUCGGCGCCAUGGCCCCGCCGCGCACGAGGCCUCCCCGCCCCCGCGGCCCGCAUC